UGCGCAGGCGCGCUGACGCCGUUCCGCAACUCUAACCGUUAGAGUGAGCGAGCGUCUUCUCCGUGGCGUUGGCGCGAACGCCGCGUCCCCGCCGCUCCGGGGCAUGCUGCAGAGGCGUCGUGGCCGGCCCAGCUCCCACGCGGUGGAGGACCGCGAUGGGGACUGCGACGGAGACUCCGAGACGCCGAGCACGUCCCGCGGGCCGGGCGGCGCGUCCCAGGGCGCUCGCCGGUCCCAGGCCUCCCCCGGUGUGGGGCCGCGGACCCAGAAGCAGCUGGAGCUGAAGGUGGCCGAACUGGUGCAGUUCUUGCUAAUCAAGGACCAGAGGAAGAUCCCUAUCAAGCGCAUCGAUAUCAUGAAACACGUGGUGGGAGACUACAAGGACAUCUUCCCGGACCUGCUCAGGCUGGCCGCCGAGCGCCUGCAGUACGUGUUCGGGUACAAGCUGGUGGAGCUGGAGCCCAAGAGCAACACCUACAUCCUGGUCAACACCCUGGAGCCCGUGGAGGAGGACGCUGAGGUGAGGGGCGACCAGGGCACGCCCACCUCGGGGCUGCUGAUGAUUGUCCUGGGACUCAUCUUCAUGAAGGGCAACACCGUCAAGGAGACGGAGGUCUGGGACUUCCUGCGGCGGUUGGGGGUGUACCCCACCAAGAAGCAUUUAGUCUUCGGGGAUCCCAAGAAACUUAUUACCGAAGACUUCGUGCGGCAGCGUUAUCUGGAGUACCGGCGGAUACCGCACACGGAUCCUGUGGACUAUGAACUUCAGUGGGGCCCGCGGACCAAGCUAGAAACCAGCAAGAUGAAAGUUCUUAAGUUUGUGGCCAAAGUCCAUAAUCAGGACCCCAAGGACUGGCCAGCGCAGUACUGCGAGGCCUUGGCAGAUGAAGAGAACAGAACCAGGCCCCCUGGGCCCAGCGGCCCAUCCCAGUCCUCCUGAAAGCCGCAGUGGACUCCCAGGGACUCCUGGAACCAGCGUCUGCAAGCAGAAGGCUUGAAAGGACCGGGGACCUGGGGACAGGACGGAGGGAGCGCGUUGGGGCAGUGCUUGGAUGGGUAUAGCCUGACGAUGUUUGGUAAAGUUGGGGAUUGUUUUGAUCCUGUUGUUUGGUUACAGAUUUUCACUUAUAAACAGGAACAUUUUGUUUUAUUACCUUCGGCAUAAACUGUUUUCUAGCUUUGUAAAACUAACUGGAAAACUGUAUUGUGGUUGACAUUUAAGGAAGCAUAUAAUGUUUUGGUGCCAGCAAGUAAAAGCAGAAGAGGCUAUUAUGUGGUCUGUUAUUCCAGUUCGUAAGGAAAAGUCUUUAUAAAAUUAAAAGUGUAAUUGCCUGUGUCUCUUCCACCUGAACACAUCUGUUUUAUUUUUAUAUGUUUCCUACUUUGACAACUAUUAUGCAUGGUUCCAAGCAAUGUGCAGAAUGUAUUUUCUCUGAGUAAUAAAUUUUUAUAUCAUAGUUAUUAGUCAUUUCUACUGCUACCUCUUGGUUCCAUUUAGGUGUUUUGUUUUUUGCUGCUAUAGUUAUAAUAAACACUGUAUUUUUAUAGUCAACCAUUUCAUGUUUUUUAAUUGUGAACCUUAAGGACAUUUUGUAGCUCAAACCAGCAUCCUAAAAAAUAAAAUGCUCUGUGGAAGUUA